UGACAUACUAGAGACUAUCCUUGGACCACGUCUUUUAAUUAACUCAGAGAUGCAAGGAACAUUUUGUUUUAUACAUGAUGUACAGCUUUUUGCAUCAGAAUUUCAAAUGCAUCUUAUUUUUCUCAUUCGACAGUUAUGGCAGUUACUACAUACAGGGCUCAACUUUUGUGAAGACAUCGUACUAGAAAAUACGGUAUUGAUA